GAUUGCCGAGGCGGGAGGGUUCGUAGGUUGCUGACGGUGAAGGUUCUCGCGCGGUUGUUUGAAUGCCGCAACUGUGCUGGGAGUCGGUUGGAGGGAGGGAGGGAGAGGCCGUCUGAAAGGAGCAUGGUGUCUUUCAUCCCGCUGACUUGAAGACAACUUGAAACAGAACAGCAUCAACCUGUUCAGAUGUAUGUGUUUCCAUCAACCUAUAAAAGUGAUGAUGAAACAUGUGAAAUUCCUUUUGGCAAUGCAGCUACUGUCAAUUGCAGUAUUCCAAUUGAAGGCCACAAAAGAUAUUGAAGACUAUUAUGAGAAGGCAAAAAGGUCUGCAGAUGGAAGAAGAAUUCCUACUGGUGGUUAUUACGAGAAGGCAAAAAGAGAUCUCAGUGAUGAGGAAGAGGAAUAUGAAGAUGAUGAUGAUGAUGAAGAUACUGAUGAUACUGAUUAUAGUGACUCAGAGAGUAAAGUUAAGCGACAUGUGCACAGAACAAGAAAAGCAUUGGACGAGGAAAGAGAGAAAAGGGAGUAUGAGUAUUACUCUCGUGGGAAAUUUGCCAGGGAUAUUGAUGACUAUGUGCGUUAGUUACAACUAGAGUUCCAAUUCUUUGUCAGAUGUUCAAAAUUAAAUUUGUCAAGAAGCAACUACCUAAAAGUAGUAAGAGAAAAUAACGAUUUCUACAUCUCUUUUUGCUUUUGUUAGUCAUACCGUUUACAUUAAAAGUUUUAAGCUUAAUGUAUG